UCGAGACUGAAUGAAAGCAAUCUAAUCGCGAAGGGGAAAGCGUCAUUUUUAGUAGCACUAUAUAUAUAUAUAUAUACUUCGUAAUAUAUAAUCUAAUAUAAUGAGUGCUAUUAUUGAAAAAAAUCAGUUGACGCUCAUCUCAAUUGCAGAAACUGCAAAGUUUUAUACAUCAUUAUGUCUUGGAAUCACCGCUUUUAUAUCAGUAUUCGCAUUUCUCUUUCUUAUUCCUUUCGUUGUUGAUCCUGCUAUUACGAGUUUGAUGGCGGACUAUGAACCCGAACCGGUAACUUGUGUCGGAACGCAGCAUGUUUAUGCUGAAGGACUAACGAAUUGUUCUUGGGCGUCGUGUCGUGAAGGUUGUACACGUGAAGCAACACGAUGCCAUCAAAUAUAUGUAAAUUAUACGAAAAUACCAUUCAGGGAUUGGAAACCGCCAUUAAAUGUUCAAUGGGAUGUAGUCGAUACAAGAUUUCUUAUAAAUGCGGAAGGAUGCGGAUAUCCACCUUCUGUUAAUUGCUCCGAAUUCGCACGACAGUAUGGAUAUAACACAGCUGGAACCCCUUUUCCAUGUUAUUAUAGCAGAGUUUAUCCAGAUAUUGUGGUAGCAAGGUAUUCGUGGGACGACACUUUAAGGCAUCUUAUUCUUUCCAUUACCAUUCCAAACUUGCUCUUUGCUGCUUCUGUUGGAGUUCUUAGCUACUGGUAUUGCCCUGGUUGUGGCAAGACCUGCAAUAAGUACAUGCAUCACUUUCCUGCCGAGGAUGAUGACUACGAUGACAACUCAUAUUAGCACCACCGCCGUAUAAGAUUUCGUCACGUCGCUUCGCAUCUUUUGUAUUUUAUACAAUUGUCGUUUUUAUAAACGUUGAUCCACAUAUUAUGUAUCAAUAUACAAAAUGACCGAAAUUUGUAGAACUUUAGUUAUGGCGUACUAUUUCAAGUUAAAUUAUGUACAAAUGUGUGGAUAUAUUGAAUAAAUAAAAGUCAGCAAGUUGUUUUA